UGAUAUUUAAGUCAAGAUCUUCGCACGUAUUGCAUUAUUGUAUCUGUGAGCAGUUAGUGAACCGAAGAACAAAAUGUUCAAAAUCACAUUGUUGCUAGCAGUCGCCUUCGCCGUCUUAAUGUCGGCAGUGUCCGCUCAGUUCGGAGGCGGAGGUUUCGGAGGUCCAGGUGGUGGCGGCUUUGGUCAAGACGGUUUUGGCGGCAAUCGAGGUGGUCAGGGCGGCUUUGGAGGCGGUCAGGGCGGAUUCGGUGGCAGUCAAGGUGGUCGCGGCUUCGGUGGUUACCAAGGAGGCUUUGGCCGGAACCAAGGUGGAUUCGGUGGUAGCCAAGGCGGAUUCGGUGGUAACCAAGGCGGGUUCGGUGGUAACCAAGGUGGAUUCGGUGGUAACCAAGGUGGAUUCGGUGGUAACCAAGGUGGAUUCGGUGGUAACCAAGGUGGAUUCGGUGGACAAGGUGGAUUUGGACAAGGUGGAUUCGGACGACAAGGUUUUUGAGGCUAAUAAGUUGACUGGUUUUAUCUAAUAACUGAAUGUACGAGUAAACUGAACUAUAUACUCUGAACUGAACUAUGAGUUGUUAUAGAAAAAUAAAUAUGUGA